CAUGAGCAGAGAAGGCUGUCAAAGCAUUUCCAUUUUCUAGUAGUCUGCACGAGUGAGUGGGUGCAGAGAACCAGAGAAAAAAAAUGGCGAAAUCACAACACUCACAAAAUGCUUUUGGUUGGGCUGCCAAGGAUACGUCUGGUAUCCUUUCUCCCCUCCAUUUCUCUCGAAGGGAAAAUGGUGAUGAAGAUGUGACUAUAAAAAUCCUGUACUGUGGUGUGUGCCACUCUGACUUGCAUUCUUGCAGGAAUGAAUGGGGUAAUGCCCAUUACCCUAUGGUUCCAGGGCAUGAAAUUGUCGGUACAGUGACAAAAAUUGGGAACAAUGUGCAGAAAUUUAAAGUGGGUGAGAGGGUUGGUGUUGGAGUUAUUGUGGGAUCCUGCAAGUCAUGCGAGUACUGCAAUCAGGACUUGGAAAAUUACUGCCCUAAACUUAUAUUUACGUACAACUCCAUUGACAAUGAUGGGACAAGAACUUAUGGUGGUUAUUCUGAUAUGAUUGUUGUCAACCAACACUUUGUGAUUCACUUUCCCGAUAGCUUACCUUCUGAUGCGGGUGCACCACUAUUAUGUGCUGGGAUCACAGUGUACAGCCCAAUGAAAUACUAUGGAAUGACUGAACCAGGCAAGCAUUUGGGAGUAGUGGGGCUUGGUGGGCUUGGUCACGUUGCUGUGAGGAUUGCUAAAGCUUUUGGCUUGAAAGUUACUGUCAUUAGUUCCUCACCUGGGAAAGAGGAUGAAGCAAUUAAUAAAUUUGGUGCUGAUGCUUUCCUUGUUAGCAGUGACCCUGCAAAAAUGAAGGGAGCUAUUGGUACUAUGGAUUUCAUCAUUGAUACAGUGUCUGCAGUUCAUGCACUGGCACCACUUCUUAUUCUGCUGAGGGCAAAUGGAAAGCUGAUCACUUUGGGAUUGCCUAAUAAGCCCCUGGAGCUGCCUAUUUUUCCCCUAGUUUUGGGACGGAAGCUUGUUGGAGGAAGUGACAUAGGAGGGAUAAAGGAGACUCAAGAGAUGUUGGAGUUCUGUGCAAAGCACAAUAUAACUGCAGAUGUUGAGGUGAUAAAAAUGGAUGAGAUCAACACAGCCAUGGAUAGGCUUGCCAAAAAUGAUGUCAAAUACCGGUUUGUGAUCGAUGUGGGAAGCUCCUUAUCCCAGUUAUGAUGCAUCAUUUGCUUCUUUUUUUCCCUACUGAGGCCUGCUAUUUGGAAUAAAUUUUUAGGGCAUCAUUUUAGUGUACUUGAUGUGAUUGAUGGAAAAUUUGAUACUUUGUUGGCUGAAAUGGAUUAUCAUCUAUUUGUUUGCCUUGAA